UGUGGCAGAAAUUGACACCUCAUUGGAUUAAACAAAAUGUGGCUCCAAGACAAUCUAAGGGAAACUCGUCAAGAACUCAGGGCGUGUUCACUUGCAACUUUCUACCAACAGUUAAAGUGAUGUCAGUGAACCGUUCGGUUUUCACUCCACACACUUAUUUACUGUACCUCCGAGGAUUAUAUCGCAGACGGGUUUUGUGAUGUAGAGCUGUGUGCUUUGUGUGGGGUUUUCUGGACAUUUCCGUUUUUUUUUUUUGUUUUUUUUGUUGUUUUUUUUAUCUUUCAAAUCAAGCAGUUUUUGUGAAGGGAUCUAUUGAGUUGAAAUGAAAGAUCUUUUUCAGUUAGAAGCACAAAGCCAGUGACUGACCCAAACCUUCAUCACCUGAUAGACCUUCACUGCCUCAAGUUGUGAAACAAUGAAAGGUCUUAGACAUUUCGUUAAGACGUUAGUCUUAAAUUGGCCUGGAGACAGACUGCACUCAGUUGAAUCCAAAUCAGACAGCAUACUAUGACCUAAAGACCUGGAAGACAGUUUAUUUCAACACGUGUAUAAUAAAGCUGUGAAGAUCAUGUCAUUGGGGGAAUUGAUUGAGCUUGAGGAGCUUGAUGAGCGAAUUGAGCUUACUGAUUCUUUUCUACCACGGACCCCUCGAUUAGAGAGGGUCAAUGCCUUGAGAAUAAGCCCAGGAAAAUUCCCGGAGAUCUUAAAUCGUGUACGGAUAAUCAGGCUCGUGGGAGACACUAUGAAGGGCCUGCAGUUAGUGGAGGACACAGGAGAAGGCCAUGACUUCCAUCCCUGUAGCCAUGCUCAACCCACCUGGUGUGAUUUGUGUGGAGACUUCAUCUGGGGGGUGUACAAGCAAAGCCUGCGCUGUGCCAACUGUAGGUUCACCUGCCAUUACCGCUGUAGAGCUCUCAUUAAACUCAACUGUAAUCAGGGUGAUGUCUCUACUACCGAUCAGUCCAGUGAUGUCCAGGACAGCAUUGAAACUGACACCAAUGUGGAUGAGGUGACUGAGAGCAAGAAACAGGAGCUGUCAAAUUCUGAGCUUCAGCAGAAGAUAAAGGAGUAUAAUGCUCAGAUAAACAGUAACCUCUUCAUGUCUUUGAACAAAGAUGGCACCUACGAUGGUUUCAUCAAAGUUCAUCUGAAGCUGGUACGGCCUGUGUCUGUUCCACCACCACGAAAGGGUACUGCAUCCCAGGAGCAAGCCAAAGGGAAGAGAGGAGGAGCAGUAAAAAGGCGCACGUCCUUCUACCUCCCAAAGGACACAGCCAAACAUCUGCACAUCAGCUCUCGUACUCGUGCACAGGAAGUGAUUCAGGCCCUGCUCAAGAAAUUCACAGUUAUCGACAAUCCUGCAAAGUUUGCGCUGUUUGAACACACAGAGCGCCAUGACCAAGUGUACCUAAGGAAGCUGCCUGAUGAUGAGUGUCCACUGUUCCUACGUUUGUGUGCUGGUCCAAAUGAGAAAGCGAUGAGUCUGGUGUUAAAGGAGAAUGAGACGGGAGAGGUCAAUUGGGACGCAUUUUCUCUGCCGGAGCUGCAGAAUUUCAUGCGCAUUCUGAAGCGAGAGGAAGAGGAGCAUGUAAAGCAGAUCAUGCAGCGCUAUGCACUCGCUCAUGAUCGCAUCCAGCAAGCUCUGGUCAGCACCAAUCCUGGCUGAUCACUUUGUAAGGCAUGUCUUACUGACGAGUGGCCAGUAGGAGGCCUCAGUCUUCACCAUGUCCAACGAGCCAUAUGGACUAGCAUCAGUGCGAUUAGUGUGAGAGAGAGUGCGAGAGAGUGCGAACGAGUGUGGAAAUGCAGGUACGCCACCAGAUGUGCGUACGUGGAGAGAAUGAGUCGUGACUGAGAGCGAAAGCAUACUGGGAAAUGGACGAGUGAAAAUAGAACACCUUGUUGUGAAUGGUGUGUGAUUUGUUCGAGUGAGUGUAGAGAGUCCUCGAGAUAGAACAGUGUGUUUCUAUGGAGACUACACAGGACUCUCCUGACUUCAUUGCCGUUGAAGUUUUAAAUCUACUUUUCCUUUCUUCCUUCUAUAGGCUAUGAGACUCCUUUUUUUUCUUUUUUUUUCUUUUCUUAUCGAGGUCAGUUAAACCUUUUUGUAGUAAGUUCAUGACUGGACUCGCUGUGCAAUGUUGAAAAUGUCUUAUAUCUCAUCCGCUGGACGUCUUUAGUACAACUGAGUGUGAGAAAUGCCAGGGAGUUCCCAAUUAUUCAGUUGAACUGAUAGCCCUUUGGAUGAGUGAUGAAAUAUCUUCAGCAUUAAAGAAACAAGACAAAAAAAAAGAAACUUAAAAAUCCACUGCUUAGGCUUUUAAUAUCCAGCCUUUUUCUGGAACACACUGUUCAGACAAGCUGGUAAGAAAAUGACAUAGAUUAUGAUUUUAUUUGUAUUCAUUUAUUUAUUUUUGUUUCUUCAAAUUUCCAAUAAACCUGUUCUGUCAUUUCUUUGUCAUAUAUAUGUAUGUUCUGUCAGUCACCUGUUUAAGUAUUCAAGCUUGACCUUUUCUCAUGUGCAUUCACUUCAGUGUCUGGAAAUAUUUUAUUCACCCACUCACAAUAAAUGGUUUCCAUGUU